AGCGCACAAACACAAACACAGCGAGAGUGAAGAAAUGGAGGCUGCUAAAAAUGCUGGUAAGAGUGUAUCGGCGAUGGAGGCAUUUGAGAAGCUGGAGAAGGUUGGGGAGGGUACCUAUGGAAAGGUGUACAGAGCGAGAGAUAGGAUUACUGGCAAGAUUGUUGCACUGAAGAAGACAAGGCUUCAUGAGGACGAAGAAGGUGUUCCUCCAACUACUCUCCGUGAGAUCUCACUCCUCAGAAUGCUCUCAAGGGAUCCCCACAUUGUCAGGCUGAUGGAUGUUAAACAAGGGCAGAACAAAGAAGGAAAGACUGUUCUUUACUUGGUCUUUGAGUACAUGGAUACUGAUGUCAAGAAAUUUAUUCGUACUUUCCGUGCAAAAGGAGAAACUAUGCCCCUUAAAAUUGUAAAGAGCUUGAUGUACCAGCUCUGCAAAGGGGUUGCUUUCUGCCAUGGCCAUGGUGUAUUGCACAGGGAUCUGAAACCACACAAUCUUCUGAUGGACCGUAAGACGAAUGUGCUCAAAUUAGCAGAUUUUGGACUUGGCAGAGCUUAUACUCUGCCCAUUAAGAAGUACACACAUGAGAUAUUAACCCUGUGGUAUAGAGCCCCUGAGGUUCUACUUGGAGCUACUCAUUAUUCCACAGCAGUUGACAUGUGGUCUGUUGGUUGUAUAUUUGCUGAACUAGUGACAAACCAAGCCCUCUUCCCAGGAGACUCUGAGCUGCAACAACUGCUUCACAUUUUCAGAUUGCUAGGUACUCCUAAUGAAGAACUCUGGCCUGGGGUGAGCAAGUUAGUUAACUGGCAUGAAUACCCCCAGUGGAAACCACAGCCACUCUCAACCGUUGUCCCUGGUCUUGAUGAAGAUGGGAUUCACCUUCUCAGUGAGAUGUUGCAUUAUGAGCCGUCUAGGAGGAUUUCAGCUAAGAAAGCUAUGGAACAUCCCUAUUUUGAUGAUCUCGACAAAACUCCUCUCUGAAAAAAGUCAGCAAUUUGAUCAACAAAACUCGUCUAACCUCUAUCGCAAGCUUUUAUUGCUUUUCUCAAGCAUCUUUUAAUAGUAGUAUCAAUUAGUAUGAUGAUGUGUUUCAUUUCUAAACCUUUUCUUUUAAUAUCAACUGGAUCAAUGUAAGCACAACUAUGUGCAAUGAUAUAUUUUGCUAUCACAUUACUUGGGGUGUUUUGCUGUAAA